AUGAAGGAACAAGUGUUCUGCGUCAUCCCUGAAGGCGUGGAAUUGGAGGACUCCUUCGAUUGUCUGGAGUUGGUGAAGGCAUUCUACGGACUCAAGCAAGCGUCGCGCGUAUGGAACGAAACGUUUGACGAGUUCGUGUGUGCUAUUGGAUUUCAAGCGUCAAGCCUCGACCCGUGUCUCUACAUAAGGAUUGUGGGAGGGCAAUGCGUGCUGCUGCUGGUGUAUGUGGAUGACGUGUUGAUCACCGGUAGCUCAUGCGAGCUAAUUGCACACACCAAGACCGACCUGAAGACACGAUUCGAGAUGACUGACAGCGGCAAGUGUGCAUUUGUGCUUGGAAUCGAGCUUUUGGACGGCGCAGAUGGAAGUGUGAGACUACGUCAGCGUCGGUAUGUAGAUGACAUACUCAAGCGCUUUGGCAUGGAUGAUUGCAAGGCAGUCGCACGUCCAGUCGACAUGAGCUCUCGACUUGUUUCAAGUGAUGCAGCCACCAAGGUCAAUGCUCCUUUUCGCGAAGCUGUUGGUGCGUUGAUGCAUCUGACCACUGCAACGCGCACGAACGCUGCGUUCGCCGUGGGCUAUGUGUCACGAUUCAUGGGGAACCCCCAAAAAGAACACUGGGUUGCAAUUAUGCGAAUCCUCCGAUACCUGCAAGACACCAAGACGCAUGGGAUUUGCUAUAAGCCAAACAGCAAGAAACAGCCAAGUGUUUCGUUGUCCACGAGUGAUGCCGAAUACAUCGCACUCAGCUUGGCGAUUCAAGAGGGCAAGUGGAUUCAUCGUCUGCUUUGUGAUAUCAUGAUGGCUGCCAAUGAAGAAGGACCGGAACUCAUGAUCCAUGAAUACAAUCAGUCGUGUAUCAAGAUGACGAAGAACCCGGUCAACCACUGCCGUGCCAAGCACAUUGACAUAAAGUAUCAUCACAUCCGUGAUGAGGUCAAGCGCGGUGAAGUGAAGCUCAAGUACUGUGAAACUGCGGUGAUGUUAGCGGGCAUCAUGACUAAGGGACUUCACGGGCCACGCCACAAGGAGAUGACGGCGGCUUUCGCGAUUUGUGCGUGUUCGCAUUGA